AUGGAGAACGGGACGGGCGACGGCCCCCGGGCGGGCCCGGCCGGGCUGCCGCCCCCGCCGCUGGCCCUGCAGGUGGUCACCAUCGCCCUGGUGCUGCUCAUCUGCGGCGUGGGCAUCGCGGGCAACGCCAUGGUGGUGCUGGUGGUGGCCCGGAGCCGGCAGAUGGUGACGCCCACCAACUGCUACCUGGUCAGCCUGGCGGCGGCCGACCUGCUGGUCCUGCUGGCCGCCGGCCUGCCCAACAUCUCCGAGGUGCUGGCCGCCUGGGUCUUCGGCCAGGCCGGCUGCCUGGCCAUCACCUACCUGCAGUACCUGGGCGUCAACGCCUCCACCUGCUCCAUCGCCGCCUUCACGGUGGAGCGCUACCUGGCCGUCCGCCACCCGAUGCGGGCGCAGGGCCCGGGCACCGUGGCCCGCGCCAAGCGCGUCGUCGCCCUGGUCUGGCUGGCCACGGCGGGCUACUGCGUCGUCUGGCUCUUCCUGGCCGCCACCGAGGAGGUGGCCUUCGCCGACGGGGUCCGCCUGGUCUGCGGCUACCGCGUGUCCCGCUCCCUCUACCUGCCCAUCUACUUCUUGGACUUCGCCCUCUUCUACGCGGUCCCGCUGGGCCUGGCCGCCGUCCUCUACGGCCUCAUCGCCCGCAUCCUCUUCCUCGGGCCCCUGGCCGCCGCCCCCGACGACCCCCGCCGGCCGGGCGGGGCCGCCGCCUCGGUGCACCAGGGCCGGGGGCCCCUCCACCGGGCCGGCCGGACCAAGGGCGCCCUGACCUCUCGGAAGCAGGUCACCAAAAUGCUGGCCGUGGUGGUGAUCCUCUUCGCCCUGCUCUGGUUGCCCUACCGCACUUUGGUGGUGGUCAACUCCUUCCUCAACAGCCCCUACCUGAACAUCUGGUUCCUGCUUUUCUGCCGGCUCUGCAUCUACCUGAACAGCGCCAUCAACCCCAUCAUCUACAACCUGAUGUCUCAGAAGUUCCGGGCGGCCUUCCAGAGGCUGUGCGGGUGCGAGGGCGGGCGGCGGAAGCGGCAGCCCAAGACCCCGGCCCGGUGCGACGUCCCCGUCCUCUACAGCGUCAUGAGGGACAGGUCCCACCACAGCUCUGACCACGACCUCCCCCCGGACCUCGAGGGGCCCAACGGCUGCCCGAAGACCGCCCCGGCCGAGAGCCGGGCGUUCAGAUAGGACGGAG